AUGGUGACGCCUAAUAUCAUGUCAGACAAGGAGAUGGAAGCCAGUAUCUCACUCUUACAUAUGAUGCAACCAUCUGAGUCCAUUAUUAACGUGACGCUCUCAAAAGGCUACGCUACUGAUUCUGAAAAUAAAGACGUAUUGCAUUAUUCCUUGAUGAAGGUAGUGGCUAAACAAGCCUCCGAUGAGCUGUCUCUGCCUCGCGUAGCCACACAGAAGAAGAGUCAGCAACGAGGUGCUCGUCUAACAGCUCUGUCACGCGAACUCACACUGGAAAAGCUGCGUCCGCACUUUGAUAGGCCCAUCGUUGAAGUGGCACGUGAAUUUGGUAUUUGCACGACAUUCCUCAAGAAAAUCUGUCGUCGAUGUGGCAUCAAGCGGUGGCCACAUCGGCAGAUCCGAUCACUGAAUCGUACAAUUCAGAUGCUGGAGCAAGUGGAGUCAGCGACGACGAACCCUGAGGAAAAGGCCAGAUACAAAACUCAAAUCGAGGAGCUCAAAGACAAGCAGCGUGCAGUCAUGGAAGACCCAGAUGCCAAUGGUAAGUUAAAGCGAAUGAAGAAGUACGCAGCUCCUAAGCGUGCUACUGAAAUAAUGUCAACACCUACAGGGAGUCUUUCGUGCCGAUGA